CGUUUAGAAAUCAAGUCAACAAUACAUCCAGGGAGAUUCUUUUCAAUAUCAAAAGUUUUCUAUCAGUGAUGAUUAUCAAAUUUGAUCUACUAACCCUGUUGAGCAUCUCAAACAUGAUAUGGAACGCAAUCUGUGGUGAGAUAUGGGACUGGUGCUGCUUUUGGAACGCGGAAAUAGGAUGUCAACAACUUAGGGGACGCUUCUAUCAUCAGAACUCUAGCUGGAACGAGGAUGAGACCUGUGAUCUCUGUCUGCAAUCGUGUGACUGUCAUUCAAAAGACCAUGUAUCCCGAAAUCGCCUUUCCAGGGUACUCGUCCUCUGCCUCACUAUUAUCCGAAUAUAUUAAAAACUACGAAUGUAUAUAUAUUUUAUUUAAGAAAAUAAUAUUAAAUAUACGGGCAGUUUCAACUUUUAUGGUUACUGCUUUUUCCCCAGCCACUGGAAUG